CGUGGUAAGACGUCCAUUGAUGAAAAUAACCAGUUUGUUUUCUUCUUACACUUUUCGAAAACGAACAAUCGUUCUUUCUACAUAUAAAUGACAGAAUGGUGCCAUGCUUGUUGUGCUGUUCAUCUUUUCAGGCACGAGUUUCUCUCCUGGAUCGCCAUUGAAUGCUUUCAAUGCAAUUCGACAUAAAAGCGCUCAUAAAAGCCAACGGAUCAACAUUCUUGAGACGUAUUUUGUGACAUAAGGUUGAGAUUGAGCGCUACUAAUGGCGUACUUCAACGCUAUCCUGCUUAUCUGUUCUACGAUUUACGUUCGCGGACAAAAGGUACCUUUCGUAAUAGAUUUUUUAAAUAACAAAUCAAAAGGUAGUAAUAAACCAGUCUUUUUUCUGUGUCCUAUAUACUUACACCCAUUAUUCUACAUGCGACAGAUAGACGGCUCGAAUCAAUUCCCCGCAACGCCAUUGAAAAGCCUACUGGACAAUUACGUCUCUAUUCAGCAGAGUCUCUACGCAAAACACAUUCGUGCACAUAAUGUGACAAGCAGCAAGCCCACUUUAUCCAUAUUCAACGAUUUUGUACAACAGAUACAGAAUUCGAAUCACACUUCUAAUCUUUACAAACCUGUUGCAUCUGAAAAACCUCUACAAGAUGAGCAGCACUCGUCGGAACCCGGACCCGUCCAGCAUGGACUCGGCAACUUUCUGCUGGUUCUAUCCACGCUCUCCAACCGUCCACUCAGCGACCAAUCGACUAAUAGCAGCUCUGGUGGUAUCGUUAGUGGUGGCAUUGCUGCUGUGCAGGAGACUUUUUCGCAUGUCGGAAGUUCUAUCCAGAGUGGUAUCAAUUCCGUGUUCGGAUCUAACCAAGCGAAUGAGGCUUCGGUAUCUACCGGUUGGAAUCCUGUUCGUCCAAUUUCAAGUGCUUUUGUGUCAACAGCAUCAUCACAACCGUCGUUCUGUCCAACAAACUGCACCAUGGUUUGUGGUUUGCCACAGCAGACUACAUCCCAGCGCAUUGUUGGUGGGGUAGAUGUUACACCGCGCAAUAAGUACCCUUGGCUAGCUUUGCUGCAAUACUACGGUGAAAACGUUGGAACUGGCACGCUGAUCAAUGAUCGUGUCGUACUUACCUCGGGUACGAUCGUAUCGAAUAUGAUUAUAUUCAAGCACAUUAAAGUUCUGUUUGGAGUUUUUGAUCCGAAAAACACCACCGAAAAUCCAUCUGUAAAAAUAUUCUACGUCACCAGAACUAAGCUACAUCCACAGUACUCUGCCAGCAAUCAGUUUAACUACAAUAUUGGACUGCUACAGUUGUCGACUCCUGUAACAAUCACCGAUAGCUUCAUGCCCAUCUGUUUACCCACCACAGUGGACACAUUUUCGGAUGCUGAAGCAAUAUUGGCUGGCUGGGGAGCCCGAGAACUUGGCGGCGAAUCGUGGAAAAGCUUACGAUCCGUAGUGAUUCCUUUAUACUCAUUUGAAGAAUGCAGCCUUGCUUAUUCUAAUUCGACAGAAAACAAUAUUUGUGGCGGUAUAUUUGGCCCCGCAGCGAAGGAACAACAUAAAACUUCUUGUGAUGGAGAUGAAGGAUCGGGUCUCAUGUAUCCCUGGAAAAAUGAUCCAUCGCUCAUAACGCUGAUCGGUAUAACACUUCAAAUUCCGGGCGUUGGCUGUGGAAGAACGAAUCAACCAGCAAUUUUCACCAAGGUACAAGCAUUUAUUCCUUGGGUUCGCAGUCAAUCGUCAGGAUGUUACUGCAAAUCUUAGGAGAAAACCACGUCGGAAUAAACACAUUUUAAUGCUCCAUCAACUUUAAACGAUGCCUUGAUUGUAAUGUUUCCGCUUUUUUCAUUGCAUAAAGAAACUUGUUUUUAUGUUUCGAGUUUUUUUAACUGA